CACCUUGUUGGUUUCUUCUUCUUUCUGCAUUGAUUCAAGAACCAGAGCAGAAGAUGUUGUUGAUGCAGACAGAGAGGAUUAUGGUUCUCGUCUGCUUAGUCUCUUUGUCUUUCCUGGCACAGGUCGCUUCACCACUCCCCGACGAAGGAAAGGCGCUACUAUCGAUCAAGGCUUCUUUUAGUAAUGUAGCUAAUGUUCUCCUCGACUGGACUGAUGUGCACAAGGACGAUUAUUGUUCUUGGCGUGGCGUGUCCUGCGACAAUGUUAAUUUCUCUGUUGUUUCCCUGAAUCUAUCCAUUUUGAAUAUAGGUGGAGAGAUCUCCCCUGCCAUAGGGUACCUCACCAACUUACAAGUCUUAGAUUUGAAGGGAAAUCGUUUGACCGGGCAAAUCCCAGAUGAAAUUGGAGACUGUCUCUCUUUGAAAUUCCUGGAUUUAUCAGAUAACACACUUUAUGGUGAUAUACCCUUCUCUCUAUCCAAAUUAAAGCAACUCGAAGAGCUGGUUUUGAAGAACAAUAUGCUGACUGGUCUGAUUCCUUCAACCUUGUCACAAUUGCCAAAUUUGAAAACUCUGAACCUUGCCCAGAACCGGCUUACAGGUGAAAUUCCACGGCUUAUCUACUGGAAUGAAGUAUUGGAGUAUCUAGGCUUACGUGGCAACUCACUUACUGGAACUUUAUCCCCUGAUAUGUGCGAAUUGACGGGCCUCUGGUAUUUUGAUGUGAGAGGGAAUAACCUAAGUGGAAAAAUACCAGAUAGCAUUGGAAAUUGUACAAGCUUUGAAAUAUUGGAUAUCUCAUACAACCAGAUUACUGGGGAAAUUCCCUACAAUAUUGGUUUCCUGCAAGUGGCUACCCUGUCACUUCAAGGAAAUAGACUUACAGGGAAGAUUCCCGAAGUUAUUGGUCUGAUGCAAGCCCUUGCUGUCUUGGAUCUAAGUGAGAAUGAAUUGGUUGGGCCAAUUCCACCAAUUAUUGGCAACCUCACUUAUACUGGCAAACUGUACCUGCAUGGUAAUAAGCUCACUGGACCAAUACCACCGGAGCUGGGGAACAUGACAAAACUAAGCUAUCUGCAGCUGAAUGACAACCAGCUUGUGGGUGGGAUACCUGCAGAACUUGGAAACCUUGAAGAAUUGUUUGAACUGAAUCUUGCCAAAAACAAUCUUGAAGGACCCAUUCCCCAAAACAUCAGCUCUUGCACAGCAUUGAACCAAUUCAAUGUGCAUGGCAAUCGAUUGAAUGGUUCCAUACCAUCUGGUUUCCAGAAUUUAGUGAGCCUGACUUGUCUAAAUCUUUCUUCAAACAACUUCAAGGGCAGGAUCCCUAUUCAGUUGGGGCGAAUUGUCAAUCUUGAUACGCUGGAUCUGUCAAACAAUGAUUUCUCUGGUCCUCUUCCUGCUUCUGUCGGUGCUCUAGAACACCUUCUUACUCUGAACUUGAGUAAAAACCGUCUCAACGGACCUCUUCCUGCAGAAUUAGGAAAUUUGAGAAGUAUCCAAAUUAUUGAUAUGUCAUUCAACAAGCUCUCAGGCAGGAUUCCCGAAGAGUUGGGUCAGUUGCAGAAUGUUGUUGCUCUUAUUCUUAACAACAAUAAUAUUUCUGGCGGUAUCCCAGUUCAGUUAACUAAUUGUUUCAGCCUUUUGACCUUGAACCUUUCUCGCAACAACUUGUCAGGAGUUGUACCUCCAAACAAAAAUUUUUCAAGGUUUCCACCAGAAAGCUUCUUGGGUAAUUCUUUAUUAUGUGGCAACUGGUCGGGAUCAUUGUGUGGCCCAUAUGAGCGGGUAUCCGAAGCUUUUAUCUCCCGCACUGCAGCUGUCUGCAUUGCCUUGGGCUCCAUUACACUGUUGUUGAUGAUCAUAGUUGUAAUCUAUAAAUCUAACCAGCAGAAGCAAUAUGAGAAGGGAUCAAACAAAGUGCUACAGGGCCCUCCAAAGCUUGUAAUUCUUCAAAUGGACAUGGCUAUCCACACCUAUGAAGACAUCAUGAGGAUUACAGAGAAUUUGAGUGAAAAGUACAUAAUUGGUUACGGUGCCUCAAGCACAGUUUAUAAGUGUGUACUGAAGAACUUCAAGCCUAUAGCUAUCAAGCAGAUAUACACCCAGUAUCCACAUAACUUGAGAGAGUUUGAAACUGAACUUGAAACCAUUGGUAGCAUUAAACAUAGAAAUCUUGUUAGCUUGCAUGGUUACUCUCUUUCUCCGCAUGGAAAUCUUCUAUUCUAUGAUUACAUGGAGAAUGGUUCUCUGUGGGAUCUUCUGCAUGGACCAGGGAAGAAGGUAAAACUGGACUGGGAUACACGGUUGAGAAUAGCUGUUGGAGCUGCCCAAGGGCUUGCGUACCUUCAUCAUGAUUGCAAUCCGAGGAUCAUUCACAGGGAUGUGAAGUCCUCAAAUAUCCUGCUGGAUGAGGACUUUGAAGCUCAUCUCUCGGACUUUGGGAUUGCUAAGUGCAUCCCUUCUGCGAAGUCCCAUGCCUCCACUUUCGUGAUUGGGACUAUUGGCUACAUUGACCCAGAGUAUGCACGAACAUCUCGGCUGAAUGAAAAGUCUGAUGUUUACAGUUUUGGGAUUGUCCUUCUGGAACUACUCACCGGGAAGAAGGCUGUGGACAACGAGUGGAACUUGCAUCAAUUGAUAUUGGCCAAAGCGGAUGAUAACACGGUGAUGGAGGCAGUGGACCCUGAGGUAUCUGUGACAUGCAUGGAUCUUGGACUGGUGAGGAAGACCUUCCAACUGGCUCUGCUCUGCACUAAGCGGCACCCAUCAGAGAGGCCAAACAUGCAUGAGGUUGCAAGGGUGCUUGUUUCUUUGCUGCCGCCACCACCCACCGCAAAGUUGUACAAUGAUCCACCAAAGGCAAUCGACUGUGCACAGUUCUUGGUGAAUUCAGAAGAAAAGCAGUGGAAGCUGCCACAGCAAAAUCCGCAGUGGCAAGACAGCAGUUCAUCUGAUGCCCAGUGGUUUGUGAAGUUUGGUGAGGUUAUAUCGAAGCAUACCCAUUGACUUGCACACUUCAUUUGUGUUAAUCUGAAAAUGGGACAAGGUCAUAUGUUUUGGUUCAGCUGCAAUGGUGUGU